GUGUGAGUGUAACUCAGUAAGAGGUGUUUCAGGCCCUCCUCCUUCAAUCUGUCAGUACAGCCACUUCAUAGCCCAGCCUCAGACAGCCCAAACACACACGCCAGCGCGCCAACACAAAGACACGCACAUAUGCACGGCUCCACUCUGGAGCGUCCACUUCCUAUUGGAUAUCCACAGUAUUUGAGCAUAGGCACCAAGACUCAACCCAUGGAGUGCGUUCCAACGCAGCUGUCUGGAUGCCUUUACCAGACAUUCUAGAAUCGAAGGUAUUGUUUUUCGCUAUUAUUGUGAAGCACUUCUGGGUUCUAUUUGACAUUUAAGAAUCAUUUGAACUCUGGAGCCAGAUGCCCAGCCUCUGUUGGCACACUGCUUGAUUGUUAAGGUCUGCGUGUUGAAGGGUGCGGGUUAAACAGGGACUGAAACAGAGGGCCAGGAUGGGGGGCAAGCAGUCGAAGAAAACUGCCGAGGAGGAUAUGAAGAGGCAAGCGAGGAAGAACACGGGCCGUGUGGAGAGUCUCACGUCGGCCGAACGGAUCCGCCAGCACACCACCAAGCAGUUCGGACAGGUGGUCCUCAGCCUGGCGCGUCGCGGCAUGACCGAGCCUCCCCAGGAGCUCUGGGAGCUGGUGGAGCUGGAGAAGCUCAACCUGUCACUCAACCGCCUCCGGGCGAUACCCUCCGCCAUCUCCGUGCUGCAGAACCUGGUGGUGCUGAACCUGUGGGGCAAUCAGCUGGCCAGCCUGCCGCCGGAGAUCGGGCAGCUGCGGAAGCUCCGCGUGCUCUUCGCCUACCGCAACCACCUGACCGAGGUGCCCGAGGAGCUGGGCGACUGCACCAAGCUGGAGGUGCUCAGCCUGGCCAACAACCAGAUCAGCGGCCUCCCCGCCAGCCUGUCGACGCUGACCAACUUACGCAAGCUCAACCUCAGCCACAACCGCAUCGUGCACGUCCCCGGCUGCGUCUACGCCAUGAAGAGCCUCGUCUUCCUCCACAUGGCCUGCAACCAGCUGGAGAACAUCGCUGACCAGAUCCAGGCGCUGGCCGACCUCAAGAUCUUCAUCGUGGAGGGCAACUGCCUCCACGCCCUUCCCAGGAUGAUCUGCUUCCUCACGCGGCUCGAGCUGCUCAACGUGGACUUCAACGACAUCAAGGACGUGCCUGCUGAGUUGCACCAGCUGAAGCGGCUGGAGAGACUGGCCUGCCACCCUCUGGACAAAGGCCUGCACAUCAUGCACAACCCCCUCCAGAAGGGUAUCAAGGAGGUGAUGGAAGGGGGGCUCACCGCCCUCUACAACUAUCUCAAGUCUACGUAAGAGACCCAUGACGGGGGGAGGGGGGAUUAGCUCCCUGCAGGCACUCGCAUGGAGGAUUGCCUUAACUGUUUGGAUAAGAGAAUUUGAGAGGAAGGACUUGUGGUAGUGAUUUUCCACUCACGUCAUAGGACUGAAUGUGAAGAACAGUAUUGAAAAAAAAC